AUGGUGUGCUCUUGGUUGAGGUCUCCUGAAAAGAAGAACAAGUAUUCUGUUCUCAAUUUGGUCGCAUUAAUUCUGGCAGUGGUCCUUGCGUUUAGGCUUAUUUACAGUAACAGCCCCUAUCAUCAUAUUUCUCUACUUUCUAUUCUUGAGGUUACAGAUCAGAAUACGACUCAUCAAGAAUCUAUUGAUCCCAACAACGAUCAAAACAAUGGAAGAGAACAACCGAGGAACGAAAACAAGAAUAACACAAAUGGUGCAGAAUCCGAUGAUCCUAAUAACGAUCAAAACAAAGGAAGAGAACGACCGCUGAACGAAAACAAGAAUAACACAAAUGGUGCAGAAUCCGAUGACCCCAAUAACGAUCAAAACAAAGGAAGAGAACGACCGUGGAACGAAAACAAGAAUAACACAAAUGAUGCAGAAUCCGAUGACACCAAUAACGAUCAAAACAAAGGAAGAAAACGACCGAGGGAUGACAACAAGCAAAAAGAGUCGUUGGACAGCGAAGGAAAAUGUAACCGCACAGAGUCGUUGGACAGUGGCGGAAAAUGUAAUCGCACAGAGACAGAGCUGUUUGACAGUGAAGGAAAGUGUAAUCUUUUUGUCGGCGAUUGGUUUCGCUACGAGGGAGAACUCUUGUACACAAAUAAUAGCUGCAGCUUCAUUGGAGGCCACCAGGACUGCAUGAAAAACGGGCGGCCGGACAGAGACUAUCUUCACUGGAGGUGGAAGCCACACGCUUGUGAGCUGGCCCGACUCGAUCCCAAGAAGUUUCUCGAGCUGAUGAGAAAUAAAACUUGGGCAUUCGUCGGUGACUCGAUUACGCGCAACCACAUCCAGUCCUUUCUUUGCAUUCUCUCUACUGUGGAGAAAGCGAUUGAAGUGUACCACGACGAGGAGUACAAGUCCUACAGAUGGGUCUUCCCGUCCCACAACCUCACGGUGUGGAACUUGUGGUCCCCACUCCUCGCCAAGGCCGCCAUUUUCGAAGACAUGAACGGCGUCUCCACAUCGGAAAUCGAGCUGCACCUCGACGUCCUUGACGACAGCUGGACCCGAUAUUACUCCACGUUUGAAUACAUGAUAUUCUCGGUCGGGAGCUGGUUCCCAAAGAGCACGAUCUACUACGAGAAUGACCUCGUGAUCGGCUGCCACAACUGCCCCAAACGGAACCUCACUCAGAUCGAAUUCAAAUACGCCUACCAAAAGGUGCUCCACAACGUGUUUGACUAUAUCGUUCGGUCAAACCAUAAGGAAGGUGUGGUUUUAUACAGGACCACGACUCCCGAUCACUAUGAAGGCGGGGAGUGGUACAAUGGGGGGACUUGCAACAGGACUUUGCCUGUGAAAGAGGGCGUGUUUGAGGUGAAUGGGGUGUAUAGGAUUUUACGUGACGUGGAGAUGGAGGAAUUGGGGGAAGCGCGUGUUAGGGCGAAGGAGAGUGGGGUGAAUUUUGGGGUGAUGGAUGUGGUCCCGCUGGCGUUGAUGAGGCCCGAUGGGCAUCCGGGCCCGUAUAGAUUUUUUCAGCCGUUUGCUGGGGGUGGGGAGGAGAAGAAGGUGAUUAGCGACUGUCUGCAUUGGUGUAUGCCGGGUCCAAUAGAUGCGUGGAACGAUGUCUUGAUGGAAAUGCUUGUCAGAGGUUGA